CUGUGAUUAAGAACUGACCAAAGAAUUUCUUAUGUUUAUAUAGCGUGGGUGAAGAUUCCAGUGACUUUGGAAUAAUGUUACAAAGAUUAACGGACACUUUCAACGACAAAUACCACUUAGAUGAGGUGAAUGGAUUUACUUAUGUGAAUUUAGCUUUUAACUUACACUAGAGGGCAUUUGAAAUAAAACUUGGCAUAGCUCUACAGUACUUUUCCCAUAUAUACUUUUUCUAUAAUGGUUUUCAUUUCGGAAACGUUUUUGAUGAUCGAGAUAAUUGCGCGAUAUCAGUUAAAUUAAGGAAACAUUCUCAAAGUCUACUUAGUACUUUUCAAAAUUGGAAUCUUACUCAGGUCAAAACUUUUGCUGACAAUAAUAUUGAAUAUAAUUUACGCAUUGACAACUAUUUCUAAACUGCUACCAUAGUAUUAUAUAAUGAACAUAUACUACAAAAUAAAGGUCUAGUUUUAUUUUGAAGACAAAACGAUGUAUUUCUUUCCAGAAAGUGAUUCCAUACAAAGAUAGUACCCUUUCAACACAGAAAUUACGAGCUAUAUUAACUAUUAAAUUCCGCAAAACUGCAUGAAAAACCUAUAGUUUUUCGCUGUUCGACAAAACGUCUUAUAAGCUAACUGGUGAAAAACAUAAAGCCUUUUCUUGUUAUUUUCUAGGUGAAAGAAUUUAUCAAAAAGCACUCGUCUUUAUUCAGUAAUACUCGAGCCGGCAAGAAAGCUGUGGAAAGUAUUAAGACAAAUAUACACUGGAUGAAAUCACAUUAUACCACGAUAUUUAACUGGCUCAAACAAGUCAACAAUGAAGAAUACUAAAUAAUGCAAACUCCAUGAUAAAUUAACGAAGAAAUAUGCGUCAUUACAUGACAUAGGUAGUGGAAGUCAAAUUUGAACCUCUUUAAUAAGCAGACGUUUGUAUUAGUCGACUACCAACAACUUCCAGACGGGAAGGGUCGGAAAGUCGAAGUUCUUUUAAUCAUUUUUCAGGUAUAAUUGCAUCGUCUAAACAAGUUCGCAUGCAGUGUAUAUAAAAUGUGUACCAAUUUGGCAAACGUUUGUGCUGAUCACGUGGCUUAUAUCCAAUUUACAACUUUGAAAAGCUCGCAUGUCUAGCUAUAUUAUUCCAGUAUGCUGAAGCAUGGAAUGUAAUACAAGCGUAUUUUCAACCAUUGGUAGGUUAUAAAUUAAACUAAAUGUUGCCCCCCCCCCCCUAAUACUUCGCGAAGUGUGGGCAGAUGUAUCAAACCAAUAGAUCUAGAUGUAACAUACAUGCAUAUAUGGUAGAAUAACUCGUAUUCGCGCGGUAAGAGAAUUCGUGUGCAAACCAUCGGUGCGCGAUAUUUAAACUGAGCGAACAUUAAAAUAGUCCGCGCGAAAAGGUGUGUUAUUGUAAUACAAAAUACUAAACGUUAGACAAGCAAGUUAGAAAUUAUACUAUAUGACCUUAUACUGUAAAUAAAUUAUGUUAUGUGAGAUUGUUUUAACUCGCGUGGUAUUAAUAAAAUAGCAAGUCUUUGGAUGAAAGAUUUAGUAAAGCCAGACGAUCUUACAAUCUUAGCAUAUUGGUAUAAACUAAUCACUGAGAUACGCGAUUCCAUUCUGCCAAAGCACGUCGUACAGUGUCUUGUUUAAAUUGUGGAAAAUGCUCUUGAAAGGCUUUCAAAAUUUCUUCAUCAGAAUUCAAAUGAGUCGUCACCAGUUCGCCAGUCUCGUUCUCAACGAACAACUUGUUGUUCGCGAUGGCGACAGCACGUUUCCUUGGAAACCAAACAGCACGUGGAGAUGUUGACGUAAAAGUAGUAAGGCCAGCAGCUACUGUACGAUAUACAUCGUCAGCUGGCUUGUGCGGGUCACGUGGUCUAUGGUCGGGAUCAAAGGAAUAGAAUCUUCUCCAACGGCCUAUAAAAAAAUCAAGGCCUUCUAUUGGUGGAUUAUUACGUUUAAACGUAUCUCCUUCCCCAUGCAUCCGUAAGAUCUUUCCAUCAAAGCGAAUGUAUUUGUAUUCUAAGAAACCAUCCGUGAAUAUCGGAGAUUCUUCGGAAAAGUUCAAUGAAAUUGUACGGAAAGUUGGAAAGCCUGUUCCGCAGUCGACGAGAUGAAGAUUGGAUUCGUUUUCAAUGCCGUCAAUCAGCAAUAACACAUGAUUAUUAGGCGCAGUAUGGUUACCAGUAACUACAGAGGGUACCUUCGUACUGAGAAGCCUAAAGCUUUAAACAAUUCCCACGUGAAAAGCGCCAUGUCACAGCAAAGUCCACCGAUACCCGACACGCAUCUUUCUUUAAUUUCAUCAUACGUUGGACGCUUGUGUAUGUCGUCAAGUACUGUUACGCUUUGAAAGGCAACGUUUUCAUGGAUAACUCGUACAAUUUCGUCUGCGAGAUUCUUCCGAUCAUUCUUCAAUCUUUCUUCAAAAUUUCGUACUCCCCAGGAACUCUGAAGGAGUUCCACAGCUUCAAUGUAUGUAAACAUUUUCCCUUGCGGCAAUUCUCGCUCAACUUUAUAGUAGAUGUCACUUGUUUAGUGGAAUAAUAACAGCUAGAUGAAUGCUACAGAUGGAAGAAUUUGAGCAAAAAGGUAUUUUAGUCAGUCAAAUUAUCGCUUUGAAAAUAUGUCAACUUCAUUUAGGGGAAGGGGGUGGGAAUGGGUGGUUUGAAGGGGGGGGGGGG